UUCCCAUUUCCUCCUUUUUCAUUUUAAAUUAAAAAGCAGGGGUCCUUCUAACCUCUCUGCUCUCAUGUUUGGGCGGAAAUAAUGACAGCUUCCAAUCUUAUGCUCUCUGCCCUCCGUCGUUCUCGUCCUCUCUCUACUCUCUCUCGUCUCCUCGCAAACCCUAAUCCUAACCCUAACUAUAACUCGCUCGCUUCACAACCAGCAAUACCAUCUCGCAACUCACUCGCCUCUUUUCAUUUCCCCUCCUGUCAAUCCUUCUCGACUCGUACAGAUGACGACUCCGAUUUUUUGGCUUCUGAGUCACCUACCGCGUCAGAACCUAUCAAUUUUGAACUCGAUACUGUAACGGAGGGAGUGGUCAAUGGUAGUAAUGUUUUUGAAGAGUCGAUUUUUCCGGUUGGUGCGUUGCUUGAGUCGUGUCAUGAUCUCACUGGCCUCCCUUGGUGGAUAAUCAUUGCUUCAUCAACAUUGGCAAUGAGAAUGACGUUGUUUCCUUUACUCGUUUUGCAAAUGUACAAGAUAAAGCAAAUCUCACUGUGUUUUCCUAAAUUGCCCCCUCUAUUGCCACCACCUCUAUCAGGAAGGAGCUAUUGGGAACAAAUUACAAUUUUUAGAAAGGAAAGACGAGCGAUUUGCUGCCCCCCAUUUUCAUGGUUUCUCGCAUACCUUUCUGUACAGUUCCCUUGCUUUCUCUUGUGGAUGACCAGUAUUCGAAGAAUGUCUUUGAAUAAUCAUCCUGGGUUUGAUUGUGGUGGCACUCUAUGGUUUCAAAAUUUGACUGAAUUUCCUCAUGGUGGUUUAGCCUUCAUCUUUCCACUCCUUGUUGCAGGCUUGCACUAUGUUAAUGUUCAGCUCUCCUUUGAUAGAUCUUCUAUUCAAAACACGGGUGGCCUGUUGGGCUUAUUAUCAAAAUACUACAAGUAUUAUCUGAUAUUUUUGACGCUGCCUAUGUUUUUCAUUGGUUACUGCAUUCCACAGGGAAGUCUAGUCUACUGGGUUACCAAUAGUUCAUUUACUGUAAUCCAGCAAGUGUCUCUCAAACAUCCUGUUGUGGGUGCUACAUUAGGGUUACUCAACAAGGAUUCUCCAAAAACCCCUGCAAUUUCUGAAGAAAUGGUUACACCAGAAUCGGUGUCUUUGGAUUCAUCAACAAAGUGGCGCAAGGUUUCACCAGAAAAUUUAUCACCUGAUGAACUACUAGUACUGUCAGUUCAAUUGUUAUCCAGUGGGCAUAGAGACAGAGCUAUUUCUAUGUUGCAAAUGGCACUUAAAAAGGACCCUAACCACAUAAAGGCUUUAAUUGUAAUGGGGCAUACUCUACUUCAAGAAGGACUCCAUGCAGAGGCUACUGACCAUUUGGAGCGUGCCAUUUCCAAGCUCUUUCUUGCUGGCCAUCCAACAGCUGAAGAUGUCAAUCAUCUGAUCCUUACGUUGCAAUGGGCAGGUGUUGCCUGUAUAAGUCAGGGAAAUAAGGCCAGAGGAAUUGUGCACUUAGAAAGGGUGGCUAGUCUAGAAGAACCAGAGGACCCUAAAAGCAAAGCCCACUACUUUGAUGGUUUGUUAUUGCUUGCGAGUGCUCUAAGUAGGGAAGGUCGAAAAGCUGAGGCUGUCAAGUAUCUGCGAUUAGUUGUUGCUUAUGAUCCUUCUCGCAAGGAUUUCUUGGAAGAGUGUGAAAACGACGAGGACAGUUUUGUUGGCGAUCUUGUUAGCAGCAGGAGAGGAGAUUACUGACCUAAUGCAAUUAUACAUGAUAAUCAAUCUAUAUAUAUAUAUAUAGUGGGAAACAACAAUCUGAAGUAUAUUGUGAAAUAUUGUUACAGUAAAGUUCUGCUUCUUUUUUUGUUGGGAA